GUCUCGUGAGAGUAAGCGAAUUAUUAAAUCGAGACGUCAAAUACCGUGUGCUGCUGUUGCUGCUGUUGUUGUGUAUUGUGUACCACUACUACUGCUGCUGCUACGUGCCCGACUCAAGAGCAGCCGAGAUUAUUACUUGCUCUGUCUCUGACACGAAUGUACGUAUUAUUAUAUUAUAUCCGAUGUAUACAACGCGUCUAUUUACCCUUUGAGUUUUGGUUUACACGAGGCGCAGAGAGCGCGCGAGGAACGUUAUAUUACGUAGUUUAUACGAUCCGAGUGUGCGACGAGCAGUUCGAUUAUAAUACCCGACGAGCUCCAAUACGCGAUAAGAAACAGCGGCCGAUCGUCAACGCGACGAUCUCGAUAUAUACUGAUUACAUACCGAUCGAUGCAUCGCAAGACAUUCGCAGGCGCGCGAUAAAACAACGAUCGAUAAUACAUCGGCAAAAUGUUCCUGACCUUCCUCAUCGGAGCGGCCAUCGUGAUGGUCUUGCUCUACUACCUCUACGGCGAGCCAACGCACAGACGUCCACCACCGGGUCCUCGGGGACUGCCGAUCGUCGGCAAUCUGCUGCAGAUCGAUCCCGGAGCGCCCCACCUGAGCCUGGCCCAAAUCGCCUGGAAGCACGGGCCGGUCUGCUCGCUGCGCAUGGGCAGCGUCUACACGGUCCUGGUGACGGAUCCGCGCCUCGUCCGUGAGAUAUUCGCGCGCGACGUCUUCAGCGGUCGCGCGCCCCUCUACCUCACCCACGGCAUCAUGAAAGGCUACGGCCUCAUAGCCGCCGAGGGCGAAUUGUGGAAGGAGCAGCGCAAAUUCAGCGCCCAGUGCCUCAAGAACUUCGGCAUGAGGAAGUCGGAGGGGCUGCGACGCGACAAGAUGGAGGGCAAGAUCGCGUUGUUCAUCGACGAGGCCCUUAAGCAGAUGUACGUCAAGUCCGCUUACGAGCCCGAGUUCGAUCCGUUCGACGUGCUGCAUCACUGCAUCGGCAAUCUCAUGAAUCUCAUCGUCUUCGGCAAGGUCUACGCCGAGGACGACGAGGACUGGAUAUUCCUGCAGAAGGCCCAGGAGGAGGGCGUCAAGCUGAUCGGCGUCGCGGGACCCCUGAAUUUCUUGCCGUUUUUGAGACACGUCCCACCUUUUGACAAGCCCAUGCGCACGAUCCUCGAGGGCCAGGCCAAGACGCACGAGAUCUAUCGGGCGAUCGUGGCCAAGUAUCGCGAGGACGCCAAGAAGGAGGCCACGACGCAGAACGCGCUGGAGCGCGCCAUGCAAGCGGACAGCUUCCUCGGCAACUUCUGCGCCCAGCAGAACAGCCUCGAGGCGAUGGGCCGGCCCGCGGGCUCGUUCACCGACACCCAGAUGAUGUAUCUGCUCGCCGACAUGUUCGGCGCCGGCGUCGACACGACCCUCGCCACUCUGCGCUGGUUCCUCCUGUUCAUGGCGGCGAAUCCGCUCGAGCAGCAGCAGAUACAGGAGCACCUGGACAACGUGGAGACGGCCAGUGCCGAGAGAGUCGAGCUGAGGGAUCGGGACCAGCUCAUCAGGCUCGAGGCCGCGAUCAUGGAGACGCAGCGCAUGAGGAGCGUCGUGCCCACGGGUAUACCCCACGGUACCUUGAGGGACACGAAAAUCGGCGAUUACCACGUGCCAAAGGGCAGCAUGAUCAUGCCGCUGCAGUGGGCGAUACACAUGAACCCCGAGUACUGGCCGGAGCCCGAGAAAUUCAAGCCCGAGCGAUUCAUCGCCCCCGACGGAAGCUUGGCCAAGCCCGACGCCUUCCUGCCCUUCCAAGCGGGCAAACGAAUGUGCGUCGGUGACGAGCUGGCCCGCAUGAUACUGUUCCUGUUCGCCGGCAACAUACUGAAGAGGUACACGCUGAAGCCGCCGAGCGGGGGCAGCAUCGAUCUGGAGGGCGAGUGCGGCAUAACGCUGCUGCCGAAGAGUCAGAAAAUCCUGUUCGAGAGACGUGGCAAAUUGGAUCUCGAUAAGAGCCUGAGCGAGUGAAAAAAAAAGCUCCGUGCAGCUUGCGAUCUCGCGUAAUUACGGGCGCGCGAACGACGACGGCGACGACGAAUCCCGCGCGCGCUCGAUUUUUAUCAUUAAUUUUUAUAUCUUGUAUUAUAUACUUAUAGAUGUAAUACAUACAGAUUUUUAUAUGUGUAUCGUUCUCCUGUAAAUAUUAUAUAAGCGUCGAUAUGUAAAUUGUAAAGCAUCGAAGAAAAAAAAAUAUUACGCUAAGAUUGACGUACGAAUAAAUAGUUUCGUAUAUAUACCUAUACGUGAA